ACCAUGAAAUUAGAAGAGUUCCUUAAAAACCCUGUUGGUAGUUUUUUACGGAACAUGGGGGUGGAAAUAUAUGGACUCGAAGAAGAAACUCCAAGAUAUGAGUUACAAUGGGACAACAUGCCAUAUCCUGCUUGCCUUAAAGGAGAAAUAAAAGAUAAAAUACUGUUGCCUCUGCAACGUCCCGAGGUGUAUGAUGCUAUUGCUCCUGGGAAACGGCUUAAGUUUGCGAGAAACAGGGCACAAGCAGUGCUUUUUAAAGGUCCACAAGGUACUGGGAAGACUUAUUCUGCUCGCCUAAUUGCGAAUGAAGUGCCUUAACAAUGCUGAACAUGCCGCAAAAUAUUUGUUCAAUUGUGCUAAUACAGUAGUUUAUGUGGCUCACAAGUUGGGUGCCUUGGCUAUGAAUGCUACAUUAGAGGAGGUGUUUAUGAGAACGAGUUUCCUGGCAAGAUUUGAAAUCUAGCACAGGAAAAUGUAUUGAUGACAAGAUUAGAAGUGUAGAACAGGGAGAUGUAUUAAGACACUGAUGUGUAUUUUGGUGUUUUUCUGAUCAAUGGUCUAAGGCAAACAUUUGACAUUAGGUGAAACUCAUCGGCAGUGUCGUAAUUCGACCCACCACUCUUAAAUUUGUAUCUAUGCCCAUGCUCUAAAAAACUUUAUUUACAACAAAUUUGUAUUCAUUUUUAUUUUUUAAUAUAUAUUGCAGAUGUAUAUAGUGUUAUUUUACCCAAAAAAAAAAAAAAAUACACCGGUUCAUUCAAUGAAACAGUAUGAAACAGUUGAAAAUUAUAUGUUAUUGUAAAAAUUGAGAAGACACACUUUAAUUUUUGGAACUUGAAAGUUGUAAUGUUAGUUGUAUUAAGAAUAAAGUCAAACCAUUGAUGAGUUCCGCAUAAGAAAAAUUUCUCUCUUUUUAUAUUUGAGAAAACUAUAAAAUUAGAUUUGUAUCACACUUUGUGAAAGGUAGUGGAGAUUCUUACAAAUCUUUGUAGAUAUAUUUUUUUUUAAGAAAUUUUAAAUUUUGUUUGUAAUGGUAGAUAUUUAUUUUGUUUUUCGAAGUUUAUAUCUUUUUAGUAAUAAAAUGAGUUGAAAACACUUUUAGGAUUUAAGCAUAUGCAUAAAUGUAUUAUGUGAUA